AAACCAUUCGCAGCAUUAGUGGGAGCUUGCAGUGAUGAGGCAACAUUUGCCUGACUGCUUAUAAAUUCAGUCUUGUUUUAUACAUUUAAAAGAUUCGAACAAGUUUGGAAGCUAAGCUGCUCAGAAAAUGAGGACCUUCAGGGCAGCACUUGUUCUUGCCUUUAUUUGUAUUUGGGGCAGCUCUGCCUUGCCAGUCAGCACGGUUCAGGAGCCAGAUGAGCCAACGAUCAGUGAGAAUUCAGCUGCAUCACAAGAGGAGACAUCUAUGGAAACAUGGCUGAUGCCGUACAGCAUCAGGGAAAACAGUUACGCUGCCCCCAUCAGAUGCCAGUUUUGCUGUGACUGCUGCACCAUCGGUGUGUGUGGCAUGUGCUGCGAGUAACGAUCGGUCUGCUUUAAUCUGAUGUCCACAGUUCCCGCUGAUAUUUAUGUAUUUAUGAUUCUUUUCCUUGCAUUAAAACUGGAUUUGUU